CACAACAAUGGCAAUGAAAAUGGAGCAUUAGUCUCUUUUUCAUGUAACGAGGGAUUUACAUUGCAAGGUUUGAGGCAGAUCAAAUGUGUUCAAGGAAAAUGGAAUGGCAGUAUUCCAACUUGUGAAGGUUUGAGAUAUGACUAGACCACAGAGUUUUUGGUGAAAUAUUUCUUCUUCAAGGAAAUAUACGUAAGCUACAUAUUCUUCUUUUUUUAAAUAAAUAAAUAGAACAUUUUCGUUCUCUUUCUUGCCCAAAGGCAAUUGCAAGAAUCCAGAACCUUUCAAAAAUGGUUCCAUCAGCGGAGAGGAUUACAGUUCUGGAUCGUCCAUUCAAUUUCGAUGCAACGUUGGUUACGAACUGCUUGGGUCAGAAAUAAUAUCUUGCGUAAAAGGAACAUGGAAUGAGACUACCCCUGAAUGCAAACGUAAGUUGCCGGCAGAUAAGUAUUUUGUGGGUACAGCUUAAUGUAGCACAAUAACCCAGCACCCAGCCAUCCCACAAGAUUGGUUAGUAAGCUAGGGGAUUUCUCGGUCUUCGAGAAUUCGGUCAACUGGUUCACUGAAAGUUUUGUAAAUCUGUUUUAAGGGUAGUUUUUAAACUAAAAGGGUUAUAAUCGUUGAGAGAUUUAAGAAAAAGAGUUACGGAUCUUAUUAUUUCAAAAGUAGAUUGACUUUGAUCGUUCAAGUGAACCUAGUCCUGAAUAGGACUGUUGUUGUUGACAGUGACUGACGUUUCGACAACCUAUGCGGUAGUCAUCUUCAGAGUCAAAGCGAGUUGUACCACGUCAGUUGAUGGUAUUAUACUCUGGUUAUUGAUCCGUGAUUGGUCAAUUAAUUGGUCAGUUAAGCCUUGAUGUUAUUUGCUAUGAAGACUCGUAAUCAGUAAUUGGUGCGUUUCGAUCCGUCUAUUGUCACAGUUAAACAGUCGUCUAUUGUUAGUCAAAUUGUCAGUUCUCCAGUCGUUCUCUUGUAGUUAGUUUUGCUUGAUCUCGUCAAUAAGUCGUUUGUACGGCGCUGGUAACUGUUGGCUACGAUUCAGUGGCGUUUGUUCUAAGUUAGUAAACCAGCUUUCUAAAGUAAGACGUUGAUAGUAGUCUGUAGAAUACGUUAUCCAUGUCGCAGAGUCCCAGCCAAGUUGAUGUUUCGUCUUUAAAUGGUGCUCCAGAAUGUGAUUGUUGACGUCACCAUUCCUCGUCGCGCGUUUGCGUUCGGUCAGUCAGUUAUCCAAGUUGUAGUCUUGAUAUCCCCCAGUCUUGAAUUUCUACUAUAGUUUAUCUGAUAUAUAAACGACAAAUAAAGGUUAAAAAAUUGACUUCCCUGAAAAUAUUACAGCUGUUGAAUGUGGUGAUCCUGGCAAACCAAAAAAUGGAGAGCAGAUUGUCAAGAAAGGCUACGUCUAUGGUGGAUCAGUCAAGUUUGUAUGUGACAACAAUUACACUCUAGUGGGGGCUGAUGUUAUAUAUUGUCAAGCUAAUAGGAGUUGGAGUUCCGCUGUUCCACGUUGCUUAGGUAAGUGCCAUGGGUAAGAGAAAAUAAACGACAUUAAUCCCGCUAACUAAUUUUGUCAAAUAGUUCUUAAUAGUAAAAAACGACAGUUCAAUUUUUGGUCGUUAAACCAUGAUCUAUACAUAAAUUAGCAGUAGCAAUAUUGUAGCUUUUAAACGACAAAAGUUCGUAACAAUAGACAAGAAAAGUUCGUCGCGUUGUAUGAAAAAGUUAACUUAUCGUCACACGGAAUAAAACGUUUAACCCUAAUCUGACCAUGAUUUUUCCCUUUUCUGGCUUCCUAAGACAGGGGAUGUAAAUGUAACAGUAAAAAAAAAAAACUGCUGAUAAUUAAGAGCGACUGUCUGUAAAUAUCGACCAAAAUCGACUUUUUGUGGCACAAGUUCAAAAUUCGAAUUUCGCUCAUUUUUGGCUCAUCGAUAACCCUUAAUGAGUAAUGAAACAUGCUGUAGUUAGUUUUCCCAAAUAACGUAUUCUUUUGCUUAAAUUCGAGAAAACGCAUUUUGCCCGUUUGGAGCUCAAAAUCCACUUCCGGUAAAGCGAAAUUUUACACAAAUUCAAUUGACUCGUACGUCAAACCACAACGAUUUGGCAGCCUUUGUAGAUCACGAAUAGUUUUUAUGACCCUUUCUUUCUUCUAAGACGAUAAAUUUGUGAAAGCUGUAAUAAGUUUGUGGCCAAAAAGGUAUUGUUAAAAAUAGGCUCUAUUGACAAUUUCUACCGUUCAAAAUUAUAGGGUUAAAAUAAUGUAAAUUUUUACAAUGCGCUAUAACUUAGAAUUUCGCAAAUUGACUUUCUACGGCUUAACUAGGCCCCAAUCUAUCAGAAAAUCGAAACAAAUCUCUGGGCAAACGAUUUUAAGUAGCCCGCAAGACGCCGAUUUCAACCCUAAUUUUGCGAAAAAUUGCGACAUUCCAGUGGUUAAAAAUAGCGUGACACGGCCCGUCACGCCAGCGGUGUUAACGACAGAUUCACUUUCAACAUUCUAUUCAACGCUGAUCACAUGCCAAAUUCCAGCAUACAAUCUAUAUUACAUCUUUCAAUACACUUAUCUUAUUUAGAAGAGUCAUUUUGUUUGGAUACAAUAUAUAGUGUAGAAUUGCCCAAAAGUCGGCGUUUUUGAGCGACGUCGGCAAGACGUCGACGACCGAGCCCAACGAAAACAAACUUUGAACAAGUACAGUGGUGUGUUUUAUUAAUUUAAGCAUGCGUCAAAAGGCAUAAAUACGUUAAAUUUAAGACAGGGAUAACCAAUAUUAACUAAUUAGAACUCUUUUUUUUUCUUGCGAGUUUUCUCUUUCAAGUAAUUAUGUAUAAGUAUAAAUGCACGUUUCGAUGUAUUACUAUCACGCUUAUAAAGUUACAUUGUAACGAACGUUUCAGAAAACAUUUUAACUCGUUUCGAUCGACGAUAAAACACCAUCAUCAAAAACAAAUCCCCAAAAACUUUCCUCUGCAGCAAAACGAAAAAUAGAAAAAAAAGUGUCGUUUUACUAAUGCUAAAGCAGGGAUAGUUGCAGUGUGAUCAUGAGCUUUUAAAAAUGGCAAAUGCUCCUAAAUGGACAUCUAUAGAUCCCUUGCAUCGCCAUUGGAAAAAAACUCUCUGGCCCACUAUGAACUAGCCUAUUCCAGGCGUAGUGGACAGUGGACAUUGGAUAGUGGAUAGUGGAUAGUGGACAGUGGCGCGAAAUGGGGAACGGAGGAAAACAAACGUGGAAGAGAGUAAGAGGGAGAGAGUAGGAGGACCUUUCGCCCUCUCUCCCUAACCCCGCUCCUUCGCCAUUUUUUCUAACCCACUUUUCUUUGCGUUUUCCCAACUACCUUAAGGCCUGUUACAGGUUAACUACGUCCUUCAUUUACAAAUUUUUAUGGUAUAUACCGUAUUUAUUCGAUUAACCACCCUGGGCGCUUAUUAAAUUUUUGGACCUUGAGAGUGGGCGCUUAUUCGAGGUGGGUGCUUAUUCGAGGCUGGGCACUUAUUAAAUUUUCGCCAUUCUCAGCAAGUGUAGUAUGUUAGUUUUGCAGCAAAACAAUAAAUGGUAAUAACAAAAAGCGGAAAUGUAACAAAGCAAGGUUUCUGUAAAAUGCUCUGAAGAAAACUCCGUCUUCGGGAGGGUCUCUUUAUUACUUAUUAUCUCUUAUUUGAGUUUGUGUGGGAGGGAGUGGGGUGGGGGUGGUCGCUUAUUAACUUUGCUGCCUUUAGGAUGGGCGCUUAUUCGAGGUGAGCGCCAAUUCGAGGUUGGGCGCUUAUUCGAAUAAAUACGGUAUUUAACUUGAGCGUCGAGCACUUUUGGCGCUUUGUUAUUGAUCAGCAGAAACGGAUUUGUUAGUACUAACUUUUUAACUGCUUUUAAACUGCGAAACUUUUUUUCUUUCUUGUUUUCUUUCUUUUAUUUUUUCUUUGUCAUUUUCUAUUGUAUUUUUAGACUUAUUUUUCGAUUCUAUCCCCAGUCUCACUCACCUCUCCCCUCCCCCGCCGUGCCCCCUCUGCUCCAGACAAGAGGGAUCGACCAUUUUGUUUUGCUCCAGACCAUUACCUCGACUAUUCCGCCUUCUUGGCUUACGCAAAAAGUACGGGCUGCUUUGUGGCCUGAAAGACUUUGCACUGAUUGACGUUUUAGUGUCAUGGAAACUCUAGCUGUAAUACUGAACUGCAGAUGACAGGUUAAAAGACUGAAAGUUCCUUUCAACAGCGUUUUUAAAGAGAACAUCGUCUUUUCGGCCAAAAAAAAAAAAAAAAAAAAAAAAAGGGAAACAAAAUAGAGUAUAAUACUAAACCUAAGAAGAACCUUGUAACGAACGAAUGGCAACACCUAAAAAGGAAAGACAGACUUGAGGACUUUCCUCAUCCUCCGUAACCUUAGUCCAUGAAACUUAGGCACCCAAGCAGGCCUCCAAAACCUUACCCUUGUCUUUCUCACAAACCGAAUACUAGAAGCUGAAAGCCUUAGUCCGCUUUACGUAAGUACCGUGUAGAUCUUCAGAAGAAUUGUUUGCAGCCGGCCCUCAAAACCCCAAGAGACUUCGCCUGCUGCUGGUCAAUAUAUAAGACGGCUAUUCCAAAGAACUGCUCCAAAAAAACUAUUUUUCUUAACAUUUGUCUGGGGUAGAGGAAUAGCGAGUUUUCUGUUGGUGUCUCUUAAUAAGUAAUUAGAGAUAUUGCAACGAUCUGCCCUUGCUACGAUCUAUUAUGCACUUAACAAGGUCCCUCAAAGUACUCAAGAUAUAUGACGCAUAGUCUGCGAUACACCCGCCUCUCACUGCUCUUUGACGAAAUGUCUCCGGCGGCAGAUAGCGAUGAGAGGAAGCUUUAUCGCAGGCUCUUGGCAUCAAGGCUUUCUACUAUUUACAUUGGUAAACAGGUCGCUUCACGGUUUGGGCAAAUGGUGAGGAAAUUCAGGACCGAUUAAUUUUGAGUCCCUUCGGUAAUCGCGUUUACCAUUUUCGUAAGUCAGUUUCGUUUAAUGUAAAAGGGCCGCAAAAGCCUGAAACUAAGCCUGGAAGUUUCCAACCAAGAAAAUAGGCGAUUGCCUUUUCAGACGUUCGUUUGUGUCAGGAAUUUUCUACUGAAACGUCGAAAGCAACCCGAAACUGAGUUUAUGGUAAGCCUGGCAAAGCACCAAAGAGUCCUCUUAGUUUGUUUUAAUGGGUCAUAGUCAUGCAGUAGCUUCAUGAUUCAUACACGUUGUCAUACAAGUAUAUGCUCCUCUUGGGGCAUCCAUGUAGCUUUUUUUUUCAGUUUUGAGAGCCCGCAAGGGUAAAAACUUCGAAAAGAACUAUUGCACCAAUACUUAGUCUAAAAUAUUUUUUUCUUUAAAAUUGCUUCAAGGAAAUUAGUUUUUAUAAACCAAAUGGCAUUGAUUGGCAAUGAUUUAAUUCGCAAAUAUCUCUCAAUGCAAAAAUUCAUUCAGUAAUCAGUUUUAGUUUUUAGAUUUUGUUCUAUUUAUAUACCAUUUUUUGAGGGAAAUCCCCAGUCCGAAACUGAACAUGAAAGUGUGUGGCGCUAUCCCAGGGACCCUAAAUGUUGUAUCUGAAGAAAAUGCUGCAAUCAAUGAGAAUAAUAGGUUUACUGAAAGAUUUAAUUUCGAACUGGCUUUUAAUCUGCCUUUAAGUAAAUUGUUUAAAGCAUAUCUAUCGGUAACACUGGCGUGACGGGCCGUGUCACGCUAUUUUUAACCACUGGAAUGUCGCAAUUUUUCGCAAAAUUAGGGUUGAAAUCGGCGUCUUGCGGGCUACUUAAAAUCGUUUGCCCAGAGAUUUGUUUCGAUUUUCUGAUAGAUUGGGGCCUAGUUAAGCCGUAGAAAGUCAAUUUGCGAAAUUCUAAGUUAUAGCGCAUUGUAAAAAUUUACAUUAUUUUAACCCUAUAAUUUUGAACGGUAGAAAUUGUCAAUACGGCCUAUUUUUAACGAUACCUUUUUGACCACAAACUUAUUACAGCUUUCAUAAAUUUAUCGCCUUAUAAUAAAGAAAGGGUCAUAAAAACUAUUCGUGUUCUUCAAAGGCUGCCAAAUCGUUGUGGUUUGACGUACGAGUCAAUUGAAUUUGUGUAAAAUUUCGCUUUACCGGAAGUGGAUUUUGAGCUCUGAACGGGCAAAAUGCGUUUUAUCGAAUUUUAACAAAAGAACACGUUAUUUGGGAAAACUAACUACGGCAUGUUUCAUUACUCAUUAAGGGUUAUCGAUGAGCCAAAUAUGAGCGAAAUCAAAUUUUCAACUUGUGCCGACCGUGGGUCGAUAUUUACGGAAAGCCACUCUUAACACUGUUGAACACUGUUAAAAUUUGAAUCCAACAUCUACCAUUAAGUCAUUUUAUGUUCAUUUUUUUUUACCGAUACGGCGUCCAUAUUGAAUUAAUUAGAUUUAAGGAGUAUUAUGGGAUGCCGAGGGGGCACGAGCACCAUCCCAUACACUCACUCAGUAUUUAAGCGCGCUUUUCGUGGCAAAUUUUUGUGAAAGUUUUCCAAGAAUAAGAUUGUAAUGCGAAAAAAGAACUUUGUGGGAAGUACUUCAUGUCCAGCCAUCAUAUAGUUGUCUAUAUACUUCAUCUCACUUAUCUUCUGUGGUAGCUUUGCUUACUAGAGAAACUUCUCUUCUUUAAUUUAGUUUAGGUGAAUACCUUACUUAUGAUUCUCUACUAACUUGAGUUGUUGAGGUGCUUUACUUACUUUAGAUUCUUUGCUUUCCACAGGUGCUUUGCUUACUUGAGGUGCUUUACUUGCUUGAGAUGCUUUGCCUGCUUGAGGUGCUUUGCUUACUUGAGGUGCUUUACUUGCUUGAGGUGCUUUGCUUACUUGAGGUGCUUUACUUGCUUGAGGUGCUUUGCCUGCUUGAGGUGCUUUGCCUGGUUGAGAUGCUUUGCCUGCUUGAGGUGCUUUGCUUACUUGAGAUGCUUUACUUGCCUGAGGUGCUUUGCUUCCUUGAGGUGCUUUACUUGCUUGAGUUGCUCUGCUUACUUGAGGUACUUUACUUGCUUGAGGUGCUUUACUUGCUUGAGUUGCUUUGCUUACUUGAGAUGCUUUACCUGCUUGAGGUGCUUUGCUUGCUUGAGGUGCUUUACUUGCUUGAGGUGCUUUGCUUGCUUGAGGUGCUUUACUUGCUUGAGGUGCUUUACCUGCUUGAGGUGCUUUGCUUGCUUGAGGUGCUUUGCUUACUUGAGGUGCUUUACUUGCUUGAGGUGCUUUGCUUGCUUGAGGUGCUUUACUUGCUUGAGGUGCUUUGCUUACUUGACUUGGUUGAGGUGCUUUGCUUACUUAAGGUGCUUUACAAACAUAUUCUAGGAAAACUUUCGGAACAUCAGUAUGUGUAUUAUGGGAGAAGUGCGAAUUUGGUCACCAAAAGGCCUUGACUGAAUUAACAGUUAUAACAAAUAUUUAAAUAAUUCUAAAUUGAGCGUGAUACAGUAUUUCAGCCAGAAAACCUUUUAUAGAAAAAAGACGAAUUUCGUAAAACAAGGCUGUUACACCUGAGUUGCCAUGGUAACGUUAAAGUUGACGUACAGGUCCCCUUGCUUUUAAAAUGUUCUUAGAUUAUUUUUUAGGACUAUUUGCUAAGUUUUAUUUUAUAGUUUGAACUAUUUGGAAGAUAUUCAAAGAUGUUCCUUGGUCUCAAUAACGUAAAAUCCAAAUCAAAAUAACUCAGUGAGUUAGUUUCUAUAAAGAACUAAAGAAAUAACGAGCAAUUUGUUUUGUUCCCUUACUUUUUUCUGUAGCUAAGCUUGAUUUUUUUCUUUCUGAUUAAGCUAACUGUCGCUCACCUGGUGUUUUAAAUCAUGGUCUUAAAAUCGGUAAUAACUAUACACACGGAAAAACAGUUCGAUACUCUUGUAACCUUGGGUACACACUGGAGGGCGAGGCUGAACUGUCUUGUGUAGAUGGAAGAUGGAACACUGCCACUCCUAAGUGUAAAGGUUAGCGUUCACUCUUGUUUUUUAAAAUAAAAGUUGGAGUUGAUUUUGGAGGUAAAAGGGGUUGUUUUAUUUGCAACUUUUUAAAUUUCGUGACAGAUUUCGGUCAUGGUUGCAAAGUGAGCUACAUACCCCGCAACUUUGAACCGUUUAAAGAAGAAUUAACUGGCGUGGGUCUAUUCAAGUUGCAGUUACUUAAUACCCUGCUAUCUUCAUUUCUUGUAUCAGUUCAUUAUAUGUAAACGACAAAGGGUAAAAAAUUAACUUCCCUAUAAUUAUUAUAGCUGUUGAGUGUGGUGAUCCUGGUGAACCGACAAACGGAAAGCAGAUUGUCAAGAAAGGUUACGUCUAUGGUGGAUCAGUCAAGUUUGCUUGUGACAAGAAUUACACUCUAGUGGGGACUGAUGUUAUAUAUUGUCAAGCUAAUAGGAGUUGGAGUUCCUUUGUUCCACGUUGCUUAGGUAAGUGCCAUGGGUAAGAGAAAAUAAAAGACAUUAGCCUCGCUAACUAUUUUUUUCCAAAAAGGUUUUAAAAGGGGUAAAACACAGUUACCUUUCGUGGUCCUUAAAAACUGAUCUAUACAUAAAUUAGCAGUAGAAAUAUUGUAGCUUUUAAAAAGGCAAAAGUUCGACAAAACACGAGAAAACGUAUCGUCAUACGUACUUAAUAAACAGGAGUUUAACCCUAAUCUGACUAUGCUUUUUUUCCCUUUUCUUGCUUCCUACGACAGGGAAACGUGGGAGACUCUACUCUGUACCUUAAAAUUGAAUUAAUUUUGUUCCAAACCGAGUGAUGCUCGACGUACCAAGUCAAUAUAUACACUAUUGUGUCGUUCUAUUGUGUGGAGUUAAUUGUGUUAUUGUUUAGGCGAUUAGGGAUCAUUGUUGUGUUCUUUGUGACGUAACUCUAGAUUGCUGUUCACUUGAUACAUAGUGCACCAGCUCAAUUAAUAACCCGUGUAAAUCGAGGAAACCGUGAUAUUAAAUACGUCCUGUGUAUUAAAAUAUGUUUAAAAAGCAAAAAAUAAAAUGAAAUAAAAGUAAAAAAACCGACGUAAAUUUAAAAUUAAAAGGAAAAAAAAAAAACAAAUGCUAGCAAUUAACUGUGUUGAACACUGUUGAAAUUUAAAUCCAACUUCUACCAUUAAGUUAUUUUAUGUUCAAGUUUUUGAAUUGGCGAUUUGCACAUCUGCCAUAAGACACCUCGUUUGCCCCCUAAAGUUUUCCAUAACUUUUUUGUGUGAUUUCUCCUGGGUAUUGCAGUUUUUCAGGAAACGAAGACAAUGCUUAUGCACGUUUUUGAGGACAAACAAGGUGUAUUAUGGCAGAUGUGCAAAUGACGAAUUUAGUCAUCAAAAAGCCUGGAUUAAAUUAACAGUUAUAAUAGAUAUAGGAAAUAAUUCUAAAUUUAUUGGGAUACAAUAUUCAAUAAGUAAACGUUGAAAUGAAUUGAUCCAAUUAUAUUAUAUAGUAAAAAGGCAAGUAUUGUAAAAUAACGCUGUUAAAACCUCGGUUACCAUGGUAACGUUAAAAUUGACGUACAGGUCGCGAUAAUUCUAAAAUGUUAUUUGAUCAUUUUGAGAAAAAUUUCCUAAAUUUGUUGUCAGACACGUAGUUUGAAUUAUUUUGAAGAUAUUUGGGUCCUUCAAAGCCGCUGAAUCAGGUAAAAGGAAAAUCGAAAUAAUUUAGUUAUCAACUAAAGACAUAACGGGCAAUUUAUUUCAUUCCCUUCCUUUUUUUCUGUAGCUAAGGUUGAUUUUUUUCGUUUUUGAUUAAGCUAACUGUCGCUCACCUGGUGAUUUACAUCAUGGUCUUAAAAUCGGUAAUAACUACACGCACGGAAAAACAGUUCGAUACUCUUGUAACCUUGGGUACACACUUGAAGGCGAGGCUGAACUGACUUGUGUAGAUGGAAGGUGGAACACUGCCUCUCCCAAGUGUAAAGGUUAGCGUUCAUUCUUGGUUUUUAAGAUAAAAGCUUGUGUUGUUUUUAGAGGAAAAGCGGGUUGUUUUAUUUGGAACUUUUUAAAUUGCGUGACAGAUUUCGGUAAUGGUUGCAAAAUGAGCUACAUACCCCGCAACUUUGAACCGUUCAAAGAAGAAUUAGCUGGCGUGCGUCUAUUCAAGUUGCAGUUACUUAAUACCCUGCUAUCUUCAUUUCUUGUAUUAGUUCAUUAUAUGUAAACGACAAAGGCUAAAACAUCAACCACCCUGUAAUUAUUACGAUAGCUGUUGAGUGUGGUAACCCUGGCAAACCAACAAACGGAAAACAGAUUGUCAGGAACGGCUACGUCUAUGGUGGAUCAGUCAAGUUUUUUUGUGACAAGAAUUACACUCUAGUGGGGACUGAUGUUAUAUAUUGUCAAGCUAAUAGGAGUUGGAGUUCCUCUGUUCCACGUUGCGUAGGUACGUGACAUGCAUAAGAGAAAAUUAAAGACAUUUACCCUCAUUAGUUUUUGCCUUAAAGUAUAAAUAGCAGUAAGAUUAGAUGGUCGUAGAAAUGUAAUUUAUGCAAAUUAGCGGUAGAAAAUUGUAGCUUUUUAGAAAUACGCAUUAAUACUAGUUGUUCGAACAAUUUAACUUAGUGUGCUGAAUAAAACUGAGAGAAACGCAAGUUAACGAAAGCAAUUAAUUUACUAUGAAAUUUGGUGUCAAAGAACAAAUCAUUCGUUUACCCUUGUUUUUCUGUUUUAUGUUAGUUUAAAUUCUAUUUACUGUAUAGUAGUGUCUUCACUGUUAUUUAGUCCAUCUAUAUAUAAAUCUUGUUUUGUAAUAUAUCUUCAGCUCCCCCCGCCUCGAUUAGUUUAUAAGCUAUUUGCGGGUGGGAAAGUAAUGUAAUUAGUUAUUUCCCAAUUUUCAAUAAAAUUUGUUGUUGUUGUUGUUGUUUUUGUUAUUAAGAGUUUUCUUUCUGUUCAAAUUCAAGCUAACUGUCGAUCCCCUGGUGAUAUAAAUCACGGCUUUAAAAUCGGUAAUAACUACAAGCACGGAAAGACAGUUCGAUACUCUUGUGACGCUGGGUUCACACUUGAAGGCGAGGCUGAAGUGACUUGUGAAGAGGGAACAUGGAAUACUGAUACCCCCAAGUGCAAAGGU